AUGGGACAGAGGGGAUGGUCAGAGCGCGUGCGGACGAGCAUCGCCGUGUUUGUCUGGUCGCUGGGGGGGGGAUACUGUUCGGAUUGCCGGGGGAGUUGUCUGGGCGGAUGGGUGGACAGCAUGAACUGUGGGAUGUGGAGGGGUCUUGGUUCGGCCACUGGGGGGUGUCGGAUGUGUCUGGAUCGCCAUGCGGAAUUGAUACGAUCUGGGUUGGGUUGGACAUUCAAGCCCACAGAACCAAUCGCAGGACGACGAGAGGGAUCGCCAGAGAGCAGAGGGACGGAGCCAACUCGGUCGUCGCUGCUGGCUAUGCUCCCUGCGGCUCCUCAUCAUGACCAUCGAGCAGCAAGGUGUGCUGGAGGCAGCGAUGCGGAUGCUGAAAGCAGCAUGGACAAGACUGGGGGGGGGGCAGUUCAGCACGGCGGGCCGAUCAUGUCGUUCGGAUGGUGAUAGAGG